AUGAUAGCGCCAAUUUUAUUUUACGGUGCAGAAGUUUGGGGAUACCAAGUGUAUGACAAUAUAGAAAAGGUACAACUUGCUUUCUGUAAAAGGAUUCUUGGCGUGGGAUCAACAACUUCAACAAUAGCGGUCUUGGGAGACUGUGCGCACUUAGCUGCUUUCGCCAGGCUCAGGUGUGGAAACCAUAAUCUUAUGAUUGAAAAAGGUACAUAUGACAACAUACCCUCGAACGAGAGGGAUGAAGAAGGGGUCACUCCUUGGGACUUGGCAGAUGAUGCAACGGUGCUGGCAGUGCUGAAUUUCUUCGAUUCGUGGUCAGACACUUUUAACAAAUUGUUACAAAGUCUCUGGGGGCGUGGUAAAGUAGCCUUGUGGGACGGUUGCAAUCCUCAGGUUUCUGCAGUUGCCAACGCAAACAGUUGUAGGAUGAAGAAACUUCACGCCCGGCCUGACACAAGGGGAAAUGCCGAACAGUAUACAAGCGGAUUGAGUGUGGUCGUCCCGAUUCUGAAGGUCGAGGGAAAGAGUUUUGUAGUCUUGAAUCCCAGCUCUACCGACCAUGUCUCUCUGCUCAUUGAAAUAACCGAGACACCUCUGGAAGAUAGUAUGCAAGACUACACAACCUCCUUCCGCCACAGAGAAACCGGGAGGAUCAUGACCCUCAAACUUCACGAAUCCAUACAAGCGAUGAAGCUCAUCCCGUGUGAGGGCACCAACAUGGUCAUAUGCCCCGAUUUAGGGCCAAGACCAGUGACCGAAGAUUUUGUACCCAUCGUUGGCAACAUUGUGGAUAUGAGGUUUGAUUUGAAAAUCGUGGAAGAUAUUGACACCAAAAUGAGAUUAAUCUUUCAAAGAGAGGAUCUCUCACCCGGAGGAAUAACGGCACCGUCACAGUUACAAUACAAUCUGGAUGAGUCCGGCCAGGAGAAUCUCACCAUCUCUGCAGGAAUUGAGACGAUGCCCACCAGAUACAGCAUUGCAAAUUACAAGGAACCCGAGAAUCCAAAGCUGGAAGACUUGCGUGUGGACCCAGUGGAAAGCCUCAUCCCGCUCGGCCGUGUUCAUGAAGACAACCACGAACUGAUUCAGCAGCUGAUUCGAUUUAUUCACCCUUUCACUGCAGCUGAUUUACUUUCCGGGCCCCGAGACAGCAUUUCACCAGAUUAUGUAGCCCUGAAGGACGAGGCAUCUGGGGACUAAGGGAAAAGUGU